AUCACAGAGCCAGGGGGUUUGAUCUUCAUCUCAGAGCACCAUGACUUUACUAAAGAAAACAAUGCUGCUGCUGCUUGUGGCAGCUGUCGGCACCUACGCAGCGCUGGAAGACUGUGAUGGUCUCAACAAAACCGUGCCAGCUAAAGACCUGCACAAGAUUAUGGGGGACUGGAUUCUGGUUUGGUCUGUCUCAGACAGUAAGACCAUCAAUAUGGAGAACAUCUCCAGCUCUCAUGUGGAGCUCCGUCUUCACCCUGACAAUACCACCAUCUCUUACAUCGAGAGGAACAUGUUCCUUGACAGUUCAUGUACCACAUACAACUCGACCGUGUUGAUUCCCUCUGAACAGUCUGUGAUGGACAUUGUUGCUGCCACGAUGGACAUUAAUGGGGUUGUCAGUCUAUUUAACGAUUCGGCCAAAGUGGAGUUCUUUGAGAGCUGCCCAGAGUGUUUGGUGAUGGUCUAUAGAGGCAACGUGGGACAGUAUCUGCUCAUUUACAGGAAAGAAGGUCAUCAUCAGGAUAUUGAGAAGACUAAGGAGGCCCACAGUGAUUUUAAGAAACUGGCCUCCUGUCUGGGACUUCCUCAAGAUGACACUUUCACCCACUAAGAAGCUCGAGAUUUUUUCCACAAGAAAUUUUCACCUGAACAGGCCUGAGUGAAGAUAAUGGAUAGUCUGAAUAGAUGUGUUGAUCACGAAUCAAUUAAAGGCAAAUACAUAAACCUA